AAUAGAGACCCAAACCAAAGAAAAAGAGAAAUAACCAACAUGAGUUUGACCGAAAAAGACAAGGCUGUCGUCAAGGCCCUCUGGGCCAAAAUCUCCACGCAUGCGGAUGCUAUUGGGGGUGACGCUCUGGGCAGGCUGCUCGUCGUCUAUCCGCAAACCAAGACCUACUUCUCCCACUGGCCAGACCUGAGUCCCAACUCUCCUUCCGUUAAGAACCACGGAAAGACUAUAAUGUCUGGAAUCGCUUUGGCUGUGUCCACGAUUGAUGACCUGAAGAGCGGCCUGCAGGAACUCAGCGAGAAGCACGCCUUCAAGUUGAGAGUGGACCCGGCCAACUUCAAGAUCCUGUCCCACUGCAUCCUCGUGGUGCUCGCCAUCAUGUUCCCAAAAGAGUUUACCCCGGAGGCCCACGUCGCCAUGGACAAAUUCUUCUGUGGCGUGUCCCUGGCUCUCGCAGAGAGAUACCGCUGAGCUGUGUGGAAUGCGGUCUGCCACGAUCAUGUGAC